UCAUUGGUGAAUGAAUUUGGACGGAUUUUUACCUCUCUUUCCCCUUUAUAAAUACCCUCUGCAUCCCUCACAAAUCUCUCACCCCAAUUAAUUUAUUUAUUUUCUCUAUUACAGAAAACCACAAGCGCACAACAAUGGCGGAAACAGCCUUCAAUUCCGACGUGUCCACCAUCUCCGCCAAGAAAAGAUCGGGCUCCUCCGACGACCAGUGGGAUCAAUUCGCCGCCAAGAAGCACCAGUCUGCAUCGAACAAGACCGACGACCCCGCGGUGGCGCUGGCCAACGCCCGCCACGAGUUCGGCGAGCACGGCGGAGUGAACAUGUCCAUCGAGGCCUCCGCCACCUUCACCGUCAUGGAGCCCGAGACCAUGCGGCGGAUGUUCGCCGGAGAGCUCGGCCCCGACCGGGAUUUCUUCAUCUACAGCCGCCACUUCAACCCCACCGUCCUCAACCUCAGCCGCCUCAUGGCCGCCAUGGAGGGAACCGAGGCCGCCUACUGCACCGCCUCCGGCAUGUCCGCCAUCUCCUCCGUCCUCCUCCAGCUAUGCAGCUCCGGCGGACACGUGGUCGCAUCACGCACCCUCUACGGAGGGACCCACGCGCUCCUCACGCACUUCUUCCCACGCGCCUGCAACAUAACGACGUCGUUUGUUGACAUCGGAGAUCUCGAGAUGGUGGAGCGGGAAAUCGUCCAGGGGAAGACCAAAGUUCUGUACUUCGAGGCGAUAUCCAACCCGGUCCUGACCGUUGCUAACGUGCCCGAGCUGUGCAGGAUAGCGCACGAUAAGGGUGUGACGGUGGUUGUUGACAAUACCUUUGCUCCGAUGGUGGUGUCGCCGGCGAGGCUCGGCGCCGACGUGGUUGUUCACAGUAUUUCAAAGUACAUCAGCGGUGGGGCCGAUAUCAUCGCAGGUGCAGUAUGUGGGCCAGCCAAGCUAGUGAAUUCAAUGAUGGACCUCCACCAAGGCUCCCUCAUGCUACUGGGCCCCACAAUGAACCCGAAGGUGGCGUUCGAGCUCUCGGAGCGGCUCCCGCAUUUGGGCCUACGAAUGAAGGAGCAUUGCCACCGGGCCUUAGUCUACGCCACGCGGAUGAAGAAAUUGGGCCUUAAAGUGAUCUACCCGGGCCUAGAGGACCACCCCGAGCACGCCCUACUCAAGUCCAUAGCCCAUAAGGACUACGGCUACGGCGGGAUUAUGUGCGUCGACAUGGGGACGGAGGAGAAGGCGAAUAAAUUGAUGAAUUUGUUGCAGAAUUGCAGCCAAUUUGGGUUUAUGGCGGUGAGCUUGGGGUACUACGAGACGCUGAUGUCGUGCUCCGGGAGCAGCACGAGCAGUGAGAUGAACGAGGAUGAGAAGGCGCUUGCCGGGAUCUCGCCGGGGCUUGUUAGGAUGUCAAUUGGCUACAGCGGGACCCUCGAGCAGAGGUGGGCCCAGUUCGAGAAGGCUUUGGCCCGGAUGUCGUGAUUCGGAUUCGUUUAUUGUAUGUACAUUUCUCGUGGUCCUCUUUAGCUGUUUGUUCUGAAAUUUGAUGGUGUUUUUUUUUUUUUUUUUUUGGGAAGUAUAAUAAUUAUGGAUCUUUUAUUUAUCAUGAUGGUUAAUUCCUGCAGUUAUUUUGACCUUGGUGAAAGAUGAACUGAUUGGUGAAGAUAAUUGGAAGAUUAAUGUAAACUGAAAUUUUAGAUGAU